AUGGGAUUCAAGUGGUCAUCCUCAUCACCAUCGCCUCUCUCUCCUUUCCUUAUGAUUGUCGCUAUUCCCGUUUUUGUCAUUUAUUUUCUAUUGUCUGAUCUCCGAUCCAUUCUCAUUUCGGGUGAAUCAAUCGUGGGCGAGCUGAGUUGCACGAUUCGAGCAUUCGGAUGGACUGGACAAUUUCAUGGAAAUGAGCAAGCAAAAG